AUGCAAAUUCUAACAGUUGUGAUGAUAGCAGUUUCAAUCAUAUGCUUGUUGGCUCUGAUUUUGAUGCACUGCGUGUUUUCAUCCCUACGGACAUUGCACGGAAAAAAUUUAAUGGCAUUUUCAACUUCCCUUCUUACAGCACAGAUCCUGUUUCUACUUGCCUCGUACAUUGCAGGAACAUUAUGUGUGAUUAUAGCGAUAUCCCAGCAUUACUUCUGGCUGUGUUCUUUCAUGUGGACCAGUGUAAUGGCAUUUGACUUGGCCAGUAAAUUUGGCGCAAAAACUAUGAUGACUUAUAAAACUUCUACAUUUCAUUUCAGAAAGACAUUUAUUGUGGCACAUGGCUUACCAUUGAUACUGGUUGUCAGCUGUGUCGUUGUCGACAGCAUCAGCAGUACUCGCGACACCGUUGGUUACGGAACUGGUAGUGGCGGCUAUUGCUGGAUCGAAAACCCGAUGGUAUCGUUAUUUGUAUUUGGUAUACCAAUUGCCUUGUGUCUGAUCUUUAAUAUGAUUUGUUUUGGUAUAUCUCUACAUGGUCUUCAUGGAACAAAACUAAGUGCAAAAACCGUGAGAAGCAAAAAGCAAGAAAGAAAUUACUGUAUAAUAUACACGAAGAUAUCAAUAUUGUUGGGAGGCACGUGGAUCUUUGGCUUCCUUAGUGCAGUCAUCAACAUCAAACCCAUUCUUUACAUGAAUAUUUGCCUCAAUGGACUUCAGGGCUUCUUCCUUUUUCUGGGUUUUAUCUUGAAUGCAAGAGUUAUACGCAUGUUUCGAAAACAGAGAAUGACCACUUCGUCAACAAUAUCACUACCAUCGAGUGGAUUGACAGACAUAACUCGGUCUGGUCCAUCAAUGACUACAGAUCAACGUUUUUAGAAACCUCUAAAACGGCUCAGCCAAUAACUUUCUCUUACAGUGUAUAUAUUGACUGGAAUUACGUGAUAUGUGUGUCUAGACUGAUUCAUGUUGUCAGUACAGUGAUUUAAGCACUCUCAAAUUGACUUAAAUUCAUAUAUUUUCCCAAAAAUACCACAAAAACGUCUAUGUGAGCCAAGAAGGGAUCUUGGCGUCCACCAUUAAGUGGUCUUUUAUCUCCCCCAGAUGUAAAAAAAAAAACGUGUAUUCCCUUGGUUGGGGUUCAUCAGUCCACUGUAAAUAUCAGGGUUACUGAUUAAAACAUUUUAUUUAUCAUGAAUAUGCAACUUAUAUGAAGCCUUUUCUCAGGGUUACUGUCUUUCAAGUUAUUGUGUGCUCUUAUAUGCUAUUAAACCUA